AUGGCCGCUCGCAGCGCCGCUCUCAAGAUCGACUGGGCCAAGGUGUCCACCUCCCUGGGCCUCCGCGGCCAGACCGCCGCCUCGCUUCAAUCCUUCAAGAAGCGCAACGACGACGCCCGCCGCAAGGUCCAGGUCCUCUCCGAGCAGCCGCAGGCGGUCGACUUCUCGCACUACCGCAAGGUGCUGAAGAACCAGGCGAUCGUCGACGAGAUCGAGAACCACUUCAAGACCUUCAAGCCCGCCUCCUACGACGUUUCCCGCCAGCUCAAGGCCAUCGAUGCUUUCGAGGCCCAGGCUGUUCAGAACGCUGAGCAGACCAAGGGCAAGAUCGACUCCGAGCUGAUCAACCUCCAGAAGACCCUCGAGAACAUCGAGACUGCCCGUCCCUUCGAGGACCUCACCGUCGACGAGGUUGCCGCCGCCCAGCCCGAGAUCGACGAGAAGACUUCCUCCCUUGUCUCCAAGGGCAAGUGGAUGCCCCCCCGGCUACAAGGUACGUGA